CUUGUGGACCCUCCGGAUUUGGACCCGUGUAAGCCUUCCGCGCCCCGCCGUUUCUUCCUUCAUCUCAAAAAUCUUCCCAUAAAAGGAAGCAGCAAACUGAAUUUCCUUGCCUAUACACCAACACCUGCAGAAAUUUGCGCUGAAACCUAUGACCAUGAACUCUUCCACUGGCCUCUCCCAAUCUGAGCAAGAACACCUCAUUGAAAAGCUUGGAAUCUUCAAGAUUCAAGGCCGAGACAGGCGCGGCCGUAAAGUUCUCCGAAUUAUCGGAAAAUGCUUCCCGGCGAAGCUUGUGACUGUUGAUGUGUUGAAGAAGUACUUGGAGGCGAAGAUUUUCCCCCUUUUAGAUCAACGCCCGUUCUCUGUGGUCUACGUGCACACCGGUGUUCAGAGGAGCGAGAACUUUCCCGGAAUCUUGGCUCUCCGAUCAAUCUCCGAGUUCAUUCCGAUCGAUGUCAGAAACCGUCUCGAGGCUGUCUAUUUCCUACACCCGGGCCUACAGUCGCGGCUCUUCCUCGCCACGUUUGGCCGUUUCCUCUUCACGGGAGGGUUGUACGGGAAGCUCAAGUACGUGAGCAGGUUGGAGUUUCUGUGGGAGCACGUGAGGAGGAACGAGAUGGAGAUGCCGGAGUACGUUUACGAUCACGACGAGGAGAUGGAGCACCGUCCGAUGAUGGACUACGGGCUGGAGAGCGAUCAUGCCAGAGGCUAUUGUGCGCUAGAGGCGGACUAUCCGGUUUCCACUUACUCCAUGAGGGGUCUCGCAUAGAUAUACUCUGUUUCUCUCCAGGUUGCGCCGGGAGGGCUUGUUCAUCUCUCCAAAUCCUCUUUCCCUUGAAAUUGAUGAAUAGCCUCGUCUGGCUUCGUUUCUGUAAAUUUUUCAUGGAAUCUGUUUCAUACUGUACAAAAGGGUUUGCCAAAGCCAGCUUGGAACGAUGAUGUUCAAAAUUUUAUGGUUGGAUACAGUGACGAUAGAAAUGGAGUUUGAUAAAAAAAAAAAAUGGAAUUGGAAUAA